AUGUCCACCGCCGACUAUGUGGCCAAGUACAACCGCAGGCGUGCUCUCUUGACACAAGUCGAAAACUACUGGAUCGAUGAAGCUUAUCACACCAUCAUCAAGGAGAUCGAUGGUCUUGUUUUGACAAAGUACCUGGAGGAGACGGUCGCCGCCGUCAUCGAAGGAGCCAGCAAAGGUCGCGGAGAUCCCGAAAUCAUCGUUCACCUGCACAAACGUCUCGCUCCAGACUUUCUGCCGUUACUCCUUCCCCCGCUCUUAGCUGCUCUGGCGCCCGCCCCUCCUCCGGCCAAGGAUGUUAGUGACAAGGACCGCGAGAAGGAGGACAAGGAUCGCAUCGCGCGUCAGCGACCGAUCCUCCGCAUCGUUGCUGAGCUGGCAAUGCUCAUGGCGUGGCCAGAAGGGGCGUCCAAGGGUGCUGGCGAAGUUGGCAAGAUCCUCAGUCGCUGGAUGACGAACGACCCGCAGUUCAGCAACAUGCCGCUCCUGACCAGUUUCCUCAAGACGUUCGGUCGCGCAUACCUCGGUCCCAAGCCGGACAAGGCUGACGAGCAACUUCCGGAAGGCGUCGAGGAGCUUGUUCCGCCAGAGAUGCAGAAGAAAAUGCGUGAGCUUUUCACCAACUACUUCAACUCUGCGAGCAAGGCGCUCGUCAAGGGUCAGACGGACAAGCGCAACCACGAGGCGUACAUUCGUUCUGGAGAGAUUUUCGAGGACCGGCAACAUGCGUACGAGCGCAUGACUCGAGCCAUCGAACGCCUGACCGGUGGUGUCCAGGGCUUGUCUGACCUUCUCGGACUGCCCAUGCCCACGCUUCCGACAGCGGCGUCGAUCUCGAAGUCAGGCCUGCAGAUUGUUGACUCAGCCUCCACCUUCACCGUGCGAGAAGAUGGCGCCGUGCCCGGCGGUAUCUGGGACGACGACGAGGAGCGCCGAUUCUACGAAAACCUGCCCGACCUGCAGGACCUUGUGCCGCCAUCUAUACUCGGCAUCAAGCAGAAGACUGCGGACGAGAAGAAGCCGGAGAACGCCGAAGGCGAAGAAGGUGGCGAGGAAGCUGCCCCAGACGCCGAGGAAGAAGCGCAGAGGAAGGUGCAGGACGACAUUCGCCGCCAGCUAGAACAGCUUGAGCUCGAGUCCAGUGCUGCCGAGAGCGAAACACCACAGCCCAUGGACCGCAACGAAACAGUGCUCUCGAACGGCUCAGGCCCCCAGGAUGGAUCGCCUGACGACGAUCCGCAGCCUGCCUCGCUGGAGGCGUCGCUCACCGAGGAAGACGGAAUGCAAUCUGGACCCGCCGCCCGCCUCACCGCUCUGUUUGCUGCACUCCCAGAAGCUGUCAACCGCGAGAUGGUCGACAAGCUCGCCGUCGAGUUUGCCUACUUGAACUCGAAGGCGGCACGCCGCCGCCUCGCAACCUUCCUUGCGGCUGUGCCGAAAACGCGCACAGACUUGCUUCCUCACUACGCCCGUUUCAUCGCCAUUCUGGACCCCUACAUGCCUGACGUUGGCGUGGCGGUCCUGAAGAGCCGCAAGCGUGCUAUCCGCGAGCUUGACGGUGUGCGCCUGAAGAAUGUUCGGUUCUACGGAGAGCUUGCCAAGUUCAAGGUUGCCCGCCCCUACACCAUCCUGCACGUGCUCAAGGUGUUCUUGGACGACUUCAAGUUCAACAUCGAGAACAUCUCCAAUUUGCUGGAGACCUGCGGUCGUUUCUUGCUGAGGAACCCCGACACGGCGGAGACGUCGAAGAACAUGAGCGUGACCCACCUUGACCAGCGCUACAACAUUAUGCUUGACAAUGCCUUCUACAUUCGAGUAGCCCGGGAAAUCGAGGAGCUGCCGCCAAUGCAGGCGUUCAUACAGCACUUGCUGUUCGACGUUCUCAUGAAGCGUACCCAAGACAAGGUCCUUGUACUUCUGCGCAAGCUGCACUGGGAGGACGCCGAGACGUUUACGGAUAUCUGGGAGGCAAAGUACGAGAACAUUGGCCUGACCGCUGGUCUCGUGCACGACCUGCAGCGGUAUCACCCCGACUUUGCCAUCGCCGUCGUGGACCAAGUCAUGGAGGACAUCCGCAUCGGCAUGGAGGUGAGUUGUCUGAUUGCUCAGCCAACUGACAACCAGGAAAACAUCUUCAAGUUCAACCAGCGACGUAUCGCGUCGAUCAAGUUCCUGGGCGAGCUAUACAUGUACCGCGUCGUGAACGCGGCCGUCAUCUUUGACGUGCUUUGGUCGCUUCUGUCUUUCGGACAUCGUUUGCCCGUACCCGGCCGCGACAGUCCCAUUGAUUCUGUCAGCGACUUCUUCCGUGUCCGACUGGCGUCUGCGCUGCUCGACACCUGCGGCAUUUGCUUCGGCAAGGGGUCAUUGCGCCGUAAACUGGAUCAAUACCUCGUCGUUCUCCAGGUGAACAUGCCUAUGGAUGUCGAAUUUAUGCUCGAUGACCUGUUCGACACGCUGCGCCCGAACGGCCGACCGCCCAAGGUCAAGGACGGUAACCAGGUGCUGCGCAUGCGGAGCUUCCCCGAGGCUGCUGCGGCGGUCGAUGAGCUGCUCGCGUCACACGUGCCUGGCGUCGAGGAGGACAUUGCAGACGACGAGAGCGACGAGGGCGAGGACGGCGGCCGCGUCGCCGAGGAGGAAGAGGAGGCGGAGGAAGCACCUGCCGAGGCCGCCGACGCUGCCUCGGACGGAGACGAUGACUCGUCCUCCGAGGCCGAGGAGGAGGAAGAGGACGACGUAGUUGUCUUACGCGAGCACAAGCCGGACGAGUUUGACGAACAGGCGCAAGCCGACUUCGACCGCGAGUUCGCGCGCAUGAUCGCCGACACGACAGUGGACCGCAAGACGGCUCCGCCCGUGUUCGACCAAGCCGUUCCCGUGCUGCGCAAGCGAGGCCAGCAGCAACCCGCUCAGGAGAAGCCGGACGACGGCCAGAUGCCGUUCAUGCUGAUGACGAAGCGCGGCAAUAAGGCCCAGAACGAGAAGCGCCAGGAGAACGAGGACUUUGAGGCCAUCGGCCACUCUAUGCGCGCACGCGGCAUCAAGGUCAAGGUCGUGCCCUCGUAG